AUGAAGUCCGUUGUCGCCGCCCUCUCCGUGGCCGCCCUUGCCCAGGCUUCGUCCUUUAAGAUUGGCACCAUUCAUCACGACUCUGCCCCGAUCCUCGAUGCCACCCACGCCAACACCAUUCCCGGCGCCUACAUCAUCAAGUUCAAGGAGCACGUUGACGAGCCCAAGGCCAAGACUCACCAUGCCUGGGUCACUGAUAUUCACGGCGAUGGCGAGCAGGAUCGCCUCGAGCUCCGCAAGCGCGGUCUCUUUGACUCCGUCGAGGAUGCCUUUGGCGGCAUGAAGCACACCUUUGAUCUCGGCUCCGGCUUCCGCGGUUAUGCUGGUCACUUUGACGAUGCCGUCAUCGAGCAAAUCCGCAACCACCCCGACGUUGAGGCCAUCGAGCGUGACUCCAUCGUCCACACCAUGGUCCCCGUCAGCACCAAGGCUACUGUCGCCGAGGACUCUUGCAGCCCCGAGACUGAGAAGCAGGCUCCCUGGGGUCUUGCCCGUAUCUCCCACCGCAAGACUCUGGGCUUCGGUACCUUCAACAAAUACCUCUACGCCGAGGAGGGCGGCGAGGGUGUCGAUGCCUACGUUAUUGACACUGGUACCAACACUGAGCACGUCGACUUUGAGGGCCGUGCCAAGUGGGGUUACACUGCUCCCGACGGCGAUGCCGACGAGGAUGGCAACGGCCACGGUACUCACUGCUCCGGCACUAUCGCUGGUAAGAAGUACGGUGUUGCCAAGAAGGCCAACGUCUAUGCCGUCAAGGUUCUUCGCUCCAACGGCUCUGGCUCCAUGUCCGAUGUCAUCAAAGGCGUCGACUGGGCUGCCAAGUCCCACGAGGAGGAGGUCAAGAAGGCCAAGGCCGGUAAGCGCAAGGGCUUCAAGGGCUCUGUCGCCAACAUGUCUCUCGGUGGUGGCAAGACUACUCUGCUUGACAUGGCUGUCGAUGCUGCCGUCACCAAGGGUCUCCAUUUCGCCGUCGCUGCCGGCAACGAUAACGCUGAUGCCUGCAACUACUCUCCUGCCGCCUCCAAGAAUGCUGUCACCGUCGGUGCCUCCACCAUUGACGACAGCCGUGCUUACUUCUCCAACUACGGCAAGUGCACCGAUAUCUUUGCCCCCGGUCUGAACAUUCAGUCCACUUGGAUCGGCUCCAAGUACGCCAUCAACACCAUCUCCGGUACCUCCAUGGCCUCUCCCCACAUCUGCGGUCUCCUGGCCUACUACCUGUCCCUCCAGCCCGCCACCGACUCCGAGUACGCUGUUGCCUCCAUCACCCCCGCCGAGCUGAAGGACAACCUCAUCACCAUUGGUACCAAGAACACCCUUUCCGACAUUGACUCCGACACCCCCAACGUUCUCGCCUGGAACGGUGCCGGCUGCAGCGACUACAAGAAGAUUGUCCAGGCUGGCGACUUUGACGCUAAGCGCACUUCUUCCAAGUCCGAGAACAUCCACACCAAGAUCCAGCACGAGUUUGACGUUGUCUCUGGCGAGAUUACCAAGUCUGCCAAGACUUUCGGCAGCAAGGCUGAGAAGUUUGCCAAAAAGAUCCAGCACGUUGUCGAUGCUGAGGUCGAGGACUUCCUCUCCCACUUGGAAUAA